UUGAAGAGCUGUCAAUCAGAGGGUUCCAACUACCAACGCUGAGCUGUUCAGAACUCUCAGUAAUUGUUCAUCCUCAACAUCAACCCUCCAUAGCGCCAAGAAGAACCAAAACUAGAGCCAGCAUUGCAUCGCAUUGCAUCCUAAUCCCAUUCAUUUUGUUCUUCUUUUUCUUCUGGGUCGCAGUGUUUCGUUCCGCCGAAGAGAAUGAUUGUGGUAGACCAGCACUUGCUCUGGACCUUCUUUGCCUCUCUGUUCUGCUUUGUUCUUCUCUACACUCUUCGUCGCCGUAAUAGUAGCAAUGCCAAUCAGAUAAAGCUGAAGAAGAAAAACUUUCCAGAAGACUGCGCGAAACAGAGGUUAGCCGACAGAGAAUGCCCCCUCGUUGAUGGCUCACGCACCGACAUCGUUAUUGUCGGCGCCGGUGUCGCAGGUGCUGCCCUCGCUUACACCCUCGGCAAGGAAGGAAGACAGGUUCGUGUGAUUGAGAGAGACUUGAAAGAGCCGGACCGGAUUGUAGGGGAACUUCUCCAGCCUGGGGGUUACCUGAAACUAGUAGAACUGGGCCUUGAAGAUUGUGUUGAGGAAAUUGACGCUCAACGAGUGCUCGGAUAUGCUCUCUUCAUGGAUGGGAAAAAUACCAGGCUGCCUUAUCCUUUGGAAAAAUUUCAAUCGGAUGUGGCUGGAAGGAGCUUCCACAACGGGCGUUUUAUACAAAGGAUGAGAGAAAAAGCUGCUACUCUUCCUAAUGUGCAAUUGGAGCAAGGUACAGUAACAUCACUGCUCGAAGAAGAUGGGACCAUUAGAGGAGUUCAGUACAAAACAAAAGAUGGUCAAGAACAUAAAGCUUGUGCUCCUCUAACAAUUGUGUGUGAUGGUUGCUUCUCAAAUCUGCGCCGCUCUCUUUGCAACCCCAAGGUAGAUGUGCCCUCUUGUUUUGUGGGUUUAGUGUUGGAGAACUGUCAACUUCCAUUUGAAAAUCAUGGGCAUGUCGUUUUAGCAGACCCUUCACCCAUCUUGUUUUAUCCAAUCAGUAGUACCGAAGUUCGCUGUUUGGUUGAUGUACCUGGUCAGAAAUUACCUUCCCUUGCAAAUGGUGAAAUGUCCAACUAUUUGAAAACAGUGGUGGCUCCACAGAUUCCACCUGAGCUUCAUGAUGCCUUCAUAUCUGCCAUUGAUAAAGGAAAUAUAAGAACCAUGCCAAAUAGAAGCAUGCCAGCAGAUCCACAUCCGACUCCCGGAGCCCUUUUAAUGGGUGAUUCUUUCAACAUGCGCCAUCCAUUAACCGGUGGCGGGAUGACUGUGGCGCUUUCUGAUAUUGUUGUGCUACGAGAUCUUCUUAAGCCACUGCAUGACCUGAAUGACGCAACUUCAUUGUCCAAAUAUCUUGAAUCCUUUUACACCUUGCGCAAGCCGGUGGCAUCUACAAUAAAUACUCUGGCUGGUGCCCUCUAUAAGGUGUUUUUAGCCUCACCAGAUCGAGCAAGGAAGGAGAUGCGUCAAGCAUGUUUUGACUAUUUAAGCAUCGGAGGAAUGUGUUCCACAGGACCCGUGGCUUUACUCUCCGGUCUAAACCCACGUCCAAUGAGUUUAGUUCUCCAUUUCUUUGCUGUCGCAAUAUAUGGCGUUGGCCGUCUGCUUCUUCCAUUUCCUUCACCUAAACGCAUGUGGAUUGGAGCUAGGUUGAUCUCGAGUGCAUCUGGUAUAAUAUUCCCAAUCAUCAAGGCAGAGGGAGUGAGGCAGAUGUUCUUCCCAGCAACCAUUCCGGCAUAUCACAGAGCUCCUCCUGUCUAGUGAGAUAUCUAAAAGGGUAUGAUAAAGAUCAAGUAGCUUUGGCUUUGUUGUAGUCAAGAAAACAGGGUGAUUAAUCCGAAGCAAGCCAAUGGGGUGGGUAGGUUUGUAUGCUUGCGGUUUCCCCUAGAGGACAUUGUAAAAUUAUUAUAUUGUUGAGACUGCUAGAAAGUGUACUCUGUAUUUAACGAUGAACAAUCAUUCUGUUAGAAAAACUCGAAAUUAUGUAA